GGCUAAAAUAUACAGAUGAUCAAUAGGACGUUGUUGUGGAGAAACUCGAUCAAUUCACUCUCGAUCAGUAUAUGAAGAAUUAAUUCCGGCGCGCUGUCCAAGUACAUCGAUCGACCGAUCGAUCGAUCAUAUUACUUUUUAUGAAGCGAGGACCCUAAUCUUCAAGAAGGAUUACGGUAACUUAAUCGUUCAGAAAGGAUUUGUGGGACGGGAUAGCAAGCUCAUCAUCGAUCAUCACAUCUGACCAAUAUCGAUCAAGAUGAGGGGGAAACAGGUUUCAGGAAAGGCGAUGCUGAUUCUAUGUGUUGCAAGUUUCUUUGCAGGAUCACUGUUCAGUACUACAAGCCGCACCUGGAGUAGUUCUAGUACUACUCUAGAUGCUGGUGGUGACCAACCUAAUGGCGGCCAUGAAGCUCAUCCAUUUCCCGUCGUUUCCAAGUACCACAUCCAUAAUAACCACCUAGACGAAAAAGCCAAAUCCAAUGGGGCUGCAGCACUAGUCACACAAACUACUUGCAAUGAUGAUCACAAGCGAAAAUUGGUUGAAGGAAAUUCUGGUGAUGAUAUUAUGGGGGAGGUGGCAAAGACUCACCAAGCUAUCAAAUCACUGGAUAAGACAGUUUCAACACUGGAGAUGGAAUUGGCAGCAGCUCGAGCAUCAAACCAGAGAAUGAGUUCAUCAUCAUCUAAUUUCAAUCCUAAAAGACAAAAGGCUUUCGUUGUCAUCGGAAUCAACACCGCCUUUAGCAGCAAGAAACGACGGAAAUCAGUUCGAGAAACCUGGAUGCCUACAGGAAAUGAGCUGACGAAGUUGGAGAAGGAGAAGGGGAUCGUAAUCCGGUUUGUGAUAGGAAGGAGCGCGACUCCUGGAGGGUUACUUGAGAGAGCGAUUGAGGCAGAAGAGGCGGAGCACAACGACUUUCUUAGGCUCAAACAUGUGGAGGGCUACCACGAGCUCUCCACCAAGACCCGCCUCUAUUUCACCACCGCCAUCUCCAUUUGGGAUGCCGAGUUUUAUGUCAAGGUCGACGAUGAUGUGCAUCUCAAUCUCGGUAUGCUGGCGACUACGCUUGCAAGGCACCGUUCCAAACCCAGAAUUUAUAUUGGUUGCAUGAAGUCAGGCCCAGUUCUAUAUCAAAAAGGGGUCAAAUAUCACGAGCCGGAGUAUUGGAAAUUCGGGGAAGAAGGGAACAAGUAUUUCAUGCAUGCCACCGGCCAAAUCUAUGCCAUCUCUAAGGACCUUGCCGCCUACAUUUCCACCAAUUUGCCCAUAUUGCAUAGGUAUGCGAAUGAGGACGUGUCACUGGGCUCGUGGUUGAUUGGGCUUGAGGUUGAGCACAUCGAUGAACGCUCCAUGUGUUGUGCUACCGCUCCAGAUUGUGGACGGAUGGCACAAGCCGGGAACGUUUGUGUGGCGUCGUUUGACUGGAAGUGUAGCGGAAUAUGCAACUCCGUUGAGAGGAUGAAAGACGUGCAUAACUCUUGUGGUGAGGUAGCUGCAGCUGUUUGGAACCUUGAACUCUAAUUCAUUCCCAUGAUCAUCCCUGGAUGGCUUUAUGAAUUUUUCCUUAGAUUUUGCACUUUGGUCCUCUUUUGUUUUGUUGACAUUUAUCUAAAUUUUUAUAUGAUUCAAUAAAUUUGAGAAUAUUAGUUU